AUGCAAACAUCAGACUCAAAGCGUGUCAAGAAGCCAUGGACUGUGCACAGUAGCCUCGUGCAGAUGCGUUAUCGACGGAAAGGCACGCUGCAGCGUAUGCUGCGUAGCUACUUUGAUAACUGUCGCUGCAAGGGCGUCUACCUCCUCAUCCAUGAAGACAACCGGUACUUUACGAUUAAUUUUAACAAGUCUGAUGCUUCGAACAGCCACUUUCCACCACCAGACAAAGAUAUAAAACAGGAGAAACAUUAUCCCCCCCCAUCCCGAACAACGAGUGAGAACUACAUGAAAUAUCAGAAGUCUAGAGCGGGGAAGAAGGGAAAGCAAGUGACACGAGCAGAUUUGAGAUAA